CCAGCACGUUGAGUGGUGGGGGCCGGCAGAAGAACUGGCCGAGCGAGGAGCGGCUGUUGGGGCCAGGCCGUACGGUUGUGGCGCCCACUUUGGGGCCCCCGAGAGGUUGCUGGGCCGGGAUAGCGGCCAGCGGCCACGGGGGGGAAGGGGGUGGGUGGGCUGAGAGCAGCUCGGCGGCGAAGCUGGCCCGCCACCCCUUCCCCCCACCCCCGUCGACCUUGUAGGCAGAAGCUUCCCGGCUCUCCUCACGCCGGCGCGAUGGCGACUGCUGCGGAGGCGGAGGCCUCUCCGCCGACGGACGCGAGCUGGGAAAGUGGCGGCGGCGGCGGAGACGACGAAAUGAAGCAGGCGCUUCCGGAGCUUGAGUCCUCCCCACAAAAUGGCGGCGGCGUCAGCGUCGCGGAGCCCGCCGGCGGCGCCGGGCCUGAGGAGACCGCGGCUGCCGAGGCCGCCGCGAGCCUCUGCCACGAGCAGCCUCAGGACUCCUGUGAGGCGGGCGCGGCCGCUCUGCCCAAAGGCCCCGAAGAGCCCGAAAGACCCGUUAGGAGGAGUUUUCAGAUCCCCAGGAAGAGCAGAGAAAAGAAAGCACUUUUUCAGCCAUUAACUCCAGGCUCUCGGGAAUUUGAAGAUGUUUUAAAUAUUCUCCACUCAUCUUACCUUGAACCAACUUCAGUAACAAAUUUUAACUACAGACGUGCUUGCUUGAUACAUAAUGAGCUUUUGGAAAAGGAGUUUACAGAAAAGCGAAGAGAAUUGAAGUUUGACGGUCGUUUAGAUAAAGAACUUUCAGAAUCCUAUGCAUUUCUGAUGGUUGAUCGGUAUCAGGUUCAGAGCAUAUGUGAAAAAGGAUUACAGGUGGGCCAGUCCAAAAUAACAAUUCUUGGCAGUCCUUCCAUGGGUGUCUAUGUUUCUAGGUAUGCUGAUUUAUUACAAGCUAAUCCUUUGGAAGCUGGGGCAGUGGGUGAUGUUGUUAUUUUUAAAAUAAUGAAGGGUAAAAUAAAGAGUAUAUAUGACCCCAUGGGUGUAAAAAGUUUGGAAUCUAUAUUAAAUAAAAGUGCUUUGGACCCAACACCAAAGCAUGAAUGUCAUGUGUCGAAGAAUGCCAAUAGAAUUACAUCACUUUUGGCUUAUAGAGCUUAUGAGCUUACUCAGUAUUAUUUUUAUGAGUACGGCUUUGAUGAGCUAAGGCGAAGACCGAGACACGUGUGUCCAUACGCAGUUGUGUCUUUUACUUAUAAAGAUGAUAUACAAACUCUGAAGUUCAUACCUUCAUCAAGAUCUAACAGCUUUAAUGCAGAUAGAAGCACAGAUAAAUUUAACUACACGUUGUGGAAAGGACAACUUUUAAAUAAAGGAAAGCUUUUGUGUUAUAUUUCUCUGAGGUCAGCCACUCGUGCUUUUUUGCCUAUCAAGCUUCCUGACAAGUUAGAUGUUGAAACAGUUAUGAGUAUUGAUCACCUGAAACAGAAAAUCCCUCCAGCGCUGUUUUAUAAGGAAACUUACUUAGGUCCUUAUGAAGUUUUGAAGAAUGGAAUGUAUUGCAGCCUCUAUGAAGUUGUAGAAAAGACAAGAAUUGGAAGUAACAUGGAAAGUUUGCUGCAAAAACUAGAGAAAGAAAAACUUGUUCUUGUUAAACCUUUGGGAGACCGAGGAUACCUUUUUCUUCUCUCUCCUUGUCAAAUGGUUUCUCCAUAUGAACAUCAUACUGCUAAGUCUCGAGUCUUACAUGCUUUGUUUCUAUUUCAAGAACCUAGAGGCAUAGUUACUUCACAGAAAGGUUCAACCAGUGCAGCACCACAGGAGAGACGUGAGAGCAUGCCAGAUGUAUUAAAAAUAACUCAAUUUUUACAGUUUGCUUUGAUUCAGUGUCGAAAGGAAUUCAAAGAUAUAAAUACUAUAAAUUUUCAUUCUGUUGUUGAAAAGUAUGUAAGUGAAUUUUUUAAGCGAGGUUUUGGUUCAGGUAAACGAGAGUUUAUCAUGUUUCCAUAUGAUUCACGAUUAGAUGAUAAAAAAUUCUUAUAUUCAGCUCCAAAAAAUAAAUCCCAUAUUGAUAAUUGUUUGCAUACCUAUAUUUUUCGGCCUGAAAUGUAUCAGUUACCUAUUUAUAAAUUAAAAGAGCUAUUUGAAGAAAAUAGAAAACUUCAACAGUUUAGUCCACUUUCAGAUUAUGAAGGCCAAGAAGAAGAAAUGAAUGGUACAAAAAUGAAAUUCGGAAAACGGAGUAACUCAAGGGGUGAAACUAUUACACCUGGAAAGCAGAAGUCAUCUCACUCUUUGGAUUAUGAUAAGGAUAGAGUCAAAGAAUUGAUUAAUUUAAUUCAGUGUAGGAAAAAAAAUGUGGGUGGGGACUCAGACACAGAAGAUAUGAGAAGCAAAACUGUCUUGAAGAGGAAGCUUGAGGAUCUACCUGAAAAUAUGAGAAAGCUCGCCAAAACCAGUAAUUUAUCUGAAAAUUGCCAUCUGUAUGAAGAGUCUCCACAGCCUGUUGGCUCACUUGGGCAUGAUGCUGACUUGAGACGGCAGCAGCAGGUUACCUCUAACUCUAGCAUUGCUGACAUCCAUAGGUUGUUUAAUUGGCUAUCAGAAACACUAGCAAAUGCACGUCAUUCUGAUGCAUCCCUGACAGACACAGUCAACAAGGCCUUAGGAUUGAGCUCUGAUGAUGCCUAUGAAGAGAUGAGGCAAAAGCAUGAGUAUGAGUUGAACUCUACCCUGGAUAAGAAAGAAUAUGAGCAGUCUACUUGUGUAAAAAUUGAAAAUGCACAUUUUAAGGAUACUCAGAGCCCACUGCUAGAAGUUGACACAUCAUCUUUAAAGUAUCCUGUUGCUGUUUCUACCAGUGAAGUAGGCACUGACCAUAAGCUACAUUUGAAAGAAGAUCCAAAUUUAAUUAGCAUGAGUAAUUUUGAAGAUUGCAGUUUGUGUCCCACUGUUCCCAUUGAACAUGGAUUCCGUAGACAAUCUAAGUCAAAUAAUGUUGAAGAGACUGAAAUACAUUGGAAACUGAUUCCAAUUACAGGAGGGAAUGCAAGAAGCCCAGAAGACCAGCUGGGGAAACAUGGUGAGAAACAAACACCAGCAUUUCAGCUUGGCAUUCUUUCAGUCGCCUUAUACUCAAAAUUUUCCUAUUCAGAGGGUAUUACCAUAGUGGACAUUACUUGGCAAAGAAUAUGGGGGUUGAGCAAGCUGUUGCAACUGACCAUUCUGUUUAAAGCAUGUCUGUUAAAGUCAGAUCUACAGAAAGGUAUGAAAUCACCAGAAGAACAACUGGUGUGUCUGCCACCACAGGAGGCCUUUCCUAACGACCCCCGGGUAAUAAGUAGACAGAGAAGUUCUGAUUACCAGUUUCCAUCCUCUCCAUUUACAGACACACUAAAGGGCACCACUGAGGAUGACGUGUUGACAGGUCAGGUGGUGACAGUGGAGGAGCAGUGUGUGCUAGCAGCAGAACCGCCUGCAUUGAGUGAAACCACAGAAAGGACAGUGUUAGGAGAGUACAGUCUCUUUUCUAGGAAGAUAGAAGAGAUGCUGAAGCAGAAGAAUGUUUCAUAUGUCAGCAGAAUUUCCACACCUAUCUUUUCAACACAAGAGAAGAUGAAACGGCUUUCUGAGUUCAUAUAUUCUAAGACUUCCAAAGCUGGUGUACAGGAGUUCGUAGAUGGCUUGCAUGAGAAACUAAAUACUGUUAUCAAAGCAUCAGCGAAGGGUGGGAAUUUGCCAGCAGUCAGUCCUAAUGACUCUGGUACUAAGAUAGCAUUGAGUCCUCUGGGAAGGCAUGUCAUACCAGUUUCCUCAAGCGACUUCAACAAUAAACACCACCUUGAGGCACUUGGUAGUGAUCCUCUGAAAGACACCAACUCUAAUGAGCAGCCUUCCUCUUCGACUUUGGGUUUAACUGAAGCAGAAGUGAACCAGCCACACCAUGCCACAGAGCCAGUAGUGACUUCUGAUCAUACUGCCCGGGAACCAGUAGAAAAAGAAACAAAAUCGCCCAGUGAUGUAAACAUUUCUGCCCAGCCAGCUCUUUCAAACUUUAUAAGCCAGUUAGAACCUGAAGUAUUUAACAGUUUGGUUAAAAUCAUGAAAGAUGUCCAGAAAAAUACUGUGAAAUUUUAUAUUCAUGAAGAAGAGGAGAGUGUGCUCUGUAAAGAAAUAAAGGAAUAUCUUAUCAAAUUAGGCAAUACAGAGUGUCAUCCAGAACAGUUUUUGGAAAGAAGAUCAAAAUUAGAUAAACUAUUGAUUAUUAUUCAAAAUGAAGACAUUGCAGGUUUCAUUCACAAGGUACCUGGCUUGGUGACUUUAAAGAAGCUUCCUUGUGUUAGUUUCGCUGGUGUUGAUAGUUUGGAUGAUGUUAAAAAUCAUACAUACAAUGAGUUAUUUGUAUCUGGAGGUUUUAUCGUUUCUGAUGAAUCCAUUCUAAAUCCAGAAGUAAUCACAAUUGAGAACCUUAAAAAUUUUUUGACAUUCCUCGAAGAACUUAGUACUCCAGAAGGAAAAUGGCAAUGGAAAGUCCACUGUAAAUUUCAGAAAAAACUAAAGGAACUGGGCAGAUUGAAUGCUAAAGCUCUGAGUCUGCUGACCCUUCUGAAUGUCUAUCAGAAGAAACAUCUGGUUGAAAUUUUGUCAUACCACAACUGUGAUUCACAAACUCGAAAUGCUCCAGAAUUGGAUUGCCUUAUCAGACUUCAGGCUCAAAACAUACAGCAACGACACAUAGUCUUUUUAACAGAAAAGAGUAUCAAGAUGUUUUCCAGUUACACCGAUAAUGGAAUAGUGGUUGCGACUGCUGAAGAUUUUAUGCAAAACUUUAAAAAUCUUGUGGGCUAUCACAACUCAAUUACAGAAGAAAACCUUCCUUUGCUUGGUGCUAAUGAGAAUCUUGAGUCGCAGUCAGCUCUUUUAGAAAACGAUGAAAAGGACGAAGAGGAUAUGUCUCUGGAUUCAGGGGAUGAAAUCUCACAAAUAGAAGUAUGCAGCAAUUUUCAUUCAGAAAUAUUGGAGAAAGAGACCAAAGGAUCACGUGGAACAGAUCAAAAAAAGAAUAUUCAAAUUGAGUUGCAAUCGUCUCUAGACUUGCAAAAAAGUUUAUUAGAAGAGAAGACAUAUCAAAUUGAUUCUGAAGAGAGAGCGUCUAUUGAUAUAGUAUGCUCUGAAGGACAGAACAGUAAUUCAGCUGAACAGGAUUCAUAUAGCAGCUUUCAGGUUUAUCACAGUCAAUUAAAUAUGUCCCAUCACUUUAGUCAUUUUAAUGUUCUCACUCAUCAGACAUUUUUGGGGACACCAUAUGCCCUUUCAUCAAGUCAGUCUCAAGAAAGUGAAAAUUACUUUUUAUCUGCUUAUACUCAAAACUUGGAUAGAGAGAAAUCUCCAUCUCCAUUAAGUUGUUGGAAAAGUGAUUCUUCCAGGCCGUUUUCAAAAGAGAAAUAAUUACAGUAACUUUUUUUUAAAAAGUAGGUUGUUAUGGACUUUUUCUGUUUCUUAAAAGUGAAAUUAACAAUUUAUUUCUUUCUCUAAACAAAAGCUUUCCUUUCCUUUCGCAAAUGUUUUUUUCCUCUUAUUUAAAUCAUGAUGGCCUGUAACAGUUGAAGCAUCUGAAAAUUGAAAUAAAUAUAUAUAUUUUUAACAUA